UCCGGAGGAGGCAGCUCGCUCUCUCUCUCCCGGCAUCGAUCCGCUUGGACAGCCACCCUCUCAGGGCUCACCGCUUCGGCACCCUCCACCAUCUUCUUGGCAGGACACGACCAAGCGGGCGCGGCUGUCCCAUGGAGAAGGCCCACGGAAUAUUCGACAGUACGUUGGGGAGCUUCCUAAGGCCCCACCCGGAUCCCCGAAGCUUCUCAGGCCGGGCUGGCGGGAUGGGAAACAUCAAAACCUUGGGGGAUACAUACCAGUUUGCGGUGGAUGUCAGCGACUUCUCCCCCGAAGACAUUAUCAUUACCACAUCCAAAAACCAGAUCGAAGUGAGGGCUGAGAAGCUAGCAGCUGAUGGGACCAUCGUCAACACAUUCACCCACAAAUGCCAGCUCCCUGAAGAUGUGGACCCUACAUCGGUCACCUCCACCCUAGGGGCAGACGGCUGCCUGACCGUCAAGGCAAGGCGACGUCCAUCCAAGCCAUCUGAGCAAGUGCAGCAAACCUACAGGACUGAGAUUAAGAUCUGAGCUCCAGGAGCAGUUCGGGAGAGCGGGCAGGGAGCCAGGCUGGGCUGGGCUGGGCUGGGUGGGGGGGGUGGAAAGUAGAUCUGUCCUUGUGUUGCCCGUCAAUAAGAGAUGUUUUGGUUUGUCAUCCAUGACUGAAGGUUAAAGGGAUGCCGGCAAGACCCUAAGCGGGCCAAAGCUGCCCUUCCUCCACUCCCCCUUUGAUAAGGGGAAAGAACACCACCGCUUUUCGCCAGCAGGAACAGCAAAGCUGGAAGGCAGCUGGAGCUGAAUUUUCCACUUCUGCAGCCAGCAAUUUAAUGUUUUGAAGCGUUGAAGGGACAUGUUGCUAACAAAAAAAAAAAAAAAAAAGAGGAUGCAAUAUGAAAUUUAUACAAUAGGAAGUCAAUCGCAAAGUGGAGUUUACCUCUGGUGAACUUAUUUAGGAUCGCUGCAUACCUCUUGAGGCAUUCAAGUGAAAAUGUUAUGAUAUUAUAUUAUAAAAUAUGCUAGAUUCAGGGUUUUCCCACCCCCCUUCCCUCUCCCCUGUCUUUGUACCCUACCUCCAAAUCCAGCUACACCCACAAGUGAAAGUUGAGGGGAAUGACAUGAUGUAAAAUGAAAAGUAAAACGUGUAAUUAUAGGAAAAUACUUUCUUGCAAGUCACGCGCUGA